AUGGCUUCUUCUGCGACUACGAUGUCUCUCGAAUCCAUCUCUACGACUACUCUCAACAAUCUCUCCACUAAUCAUCACUUUCAUCGAAGCUCUUUUCUGAGUUUCUCCAGAUCUUUCCAAAACCUUGGAAUCUCAUCCAACGGUCCAGAUUUCUCCUCCCGAUCGAGAUCUACUCCCAAGAAUCUCACUCCCACUCGAGCUUCCUUCUGGAAUUGGGGCAAGACCGCAAACUCCAGACCAAGUAAAAUCCAAGAACUCAACGUGUACGAGUUCAACGAAGGAGAUCGAAACAGUCCAGCAGUUCUAAAACUCGGGAAAAAACCAGAGCUCUGUCUCGGAGAUCUCGUCCCUUUCACCAACAAACUCUACACCGGCGAUCUCAAGAAGCGCGUGGGGAUCACCGCCGGUCUCUGCGUCUUGAUCCAACAUGUUCCGGAGAAGAACGGUGACCGAUUCGAAGCUAACUACAGCUUCUACUUCGGUGACUAUGGCCACUUGUCCGUACAAGGACAGUACUUGACUUACGAAGACACGUUCCUCGCCGUCACUGGCGGCUCCGGAAUCUUCGAAGGUGCGUACGGACAGGUUAAGCUUCGUCAGCUUGUGUAUCCGACAAAACUGUUCUACACUUUUUACCUUAAGGGUAUUGCUGGUGAUUUGCCGGCGGAGCUCACGGGGAAGGCUGUUACGCCGUCGAAGGAUGUGGCGCCGGCGCCGGCAGCUAAGGCGACUGAGCCAGGCGCUACCAUAAAAAACUUUACUAAUUAA